AAUACAAGCUAAAUGGAAAGGUGCAUAAUAAUGUGGAGAAGAAUUCCCCCUCUGAUUCUGAUUAGGGCAUAUCGGAAACUGAAACUGAAACUAAAACGCAGCCUCUGAAAACAACUGAACCCAGUCCAUUCAGUUGAAAGGAUCUUCAUGAAUUCGGGGACUUGCCAUCUCUCACCUUUUAAUUAAUAGGUUAUACAUGAAAAAACAUUUAGAUGACAAAAGUAAUGCUUAGAACGUGCGCGUUUGCUAUGGCUGUAGGUCUAUGCAUUGACAUAGCCACAUUUUGCGCACUGAGUUUUGGCUCAUCUAUUUACGAAACUGGACCAAUAACUUUUGAUGCUUUCGGAAAUCUGGUGCGUCUAUGGGUUGUAGCGGGGUUUCGAUUAGUUCUACUCGGUUUAUCGCUACUCACACUAGGAUCGAUAAAACCCGUAUUCAAGCGCUGGUUAGCGGCGCACUGUUUCCUUGCCCCAGUCUACGAGACCGGGCGUCUGAUGGUGCAUGGAUGUUCCCAGGAGAGUGUGUAUGGACCGUUGGGGCUGGGGGGUCCAAGUUUGUGGCUAUUGUGUACCGCGGCAGCAGCUGCAGCAGCCUUAUUUUGGGAGACAACCUUCCCUGACAGCAAUGGAGAAAGUAACGGGAAACAGAAGAAGCAGAAGGCACGAGUGCUGUUCAUGAGAGUCCUCAUCUUCUACAGACCAGACACCCUUCUUUUGGUUGGGGCGUUUAUAUUCCUGUCACUGGCUGUCCUCUGUGAGAUGUUCAUCCCAUUCUACACUGGAAAGGUGAUUGACAUCUUGGGUACCAGGUACAAGUGGAAUGACUUUCUCACAGCUAUCAUCCUCAUGGGACUUUACUCUUUGGGAAGCUCUUUCAGUGCAGGCUGUCGUGGAGGCCUCUUCAUGUGUGCUAUCAACAGCUUCACCUGCAGAAUGAAAGUGAAGCUGUUUGGGGCCCUGGUAAAGCAGGAGAUCGGCUUCUUUGAGACCAUCAAGACAGGUGAUAUCACGUCCAGGCUGUCCACAGACACCACCCUGAUGGGCCGGGCGGUGGCCCUAAAUGUCAAUGUCCUCCUGAGGACCCUCAUUAAGACCGUGGGUAUGCUGUCGCUCAUGAUGAGCCUAUCCUGGAAGCUCACUCUGCUCAUGCUGAUGGAGACGCCCAUCACCGGCCUGCUGCAAAGCGUCCAUGACAACUAUUACCAGAGGCUCUCUAAGGAGGUGCAGGACUCCAUGGCCAGGGCGAACGAGGCAGCGGGGGAAACAGUUGCGGGAAUCCGGACAGUACGAAGCUUCAAAACUGAGCAGCGUGAGACUGGUCGCUAUAACAACAGGUUGAUGGACACCCACAAUCUUAAGACCAGGCGGGACACCGUCAGGGCAGUCUACCUGCUCCUGAGAAGACUAACAGCGCUGGUAAUGCAGGUGGUCAUGCUGUACUAUGGCAGACUGUUUAUCCAGCGAGGUCAGAUGAGCACCGGGAACCUGGUCUCUUUCAUUCUCUACCAGUCUGACAUGGCAGACAAUAUCAGGACUUUGAUUUACAUUUUUGGCGACAUGCUGAAUUCGGUGGGGGCAGCUGGUAAGGUGUUUGAGUACCUGGACAGAGAGCCCCAGGUCAGCACCAAGGGGACCCUCCAACCAGAGACCUUGACUGGACACGUCCACUUCAACAACCUAUCCUUCUCCUAUCCUACCCGCCAGGAACGUAAAGUACUGCAGGGCUUCUCUCUGGAGCUGAGGCCGGGUCAGCUGACUGCUCUGGUGGGGCCGUCAGGAGGGGGGAAGAGCACCUGUGUCAGUCUGCUGGAGAGGUUCUACCAGCCUCAGCAGGGAGAGAUCCUAUUGGACGGACUGCCACUGCAGAGCUACCAGCACCACUACCUACACAGGAAGGUGGCCAUGGUGGGCCAGGAACCUGUUCUGUUCUCUGGGUCCAUAAAGGACAACAUUGCCUAUGGUCUGGCAGACUGCUCUCUGGAGAGGGUACAGGAAGCUGCUCGCAGAGCCAAUGCCCACAGCUUCAUCAGCCAACUGGAGAAAGGUUACGACACAGAUGUAGGAGAGCGGGGUGGUCAGCUGUCCGGCGGUCAGAAGCAGCGUAUCGCCAUCGCCAGAGCUCUGAUCAGAGAGCCACAGGUCCUCAUCCUGGACGAGGUCACCAGCGCACUGGACACUGAGAGCGAACACAUGGUCCAGGAGGCCCUGGCUAGCUGCCCCUCCCAGACCCUGCUGGUGAUUGCUCAUAGGCUGAAGACCAUUGAGAGGGCAGAUCAGAUCAUUCUGAUUGACCAGGGGACCGUCCUGGAGCAGGGCACUCACCAGGAGUUGAUGGACAGGAAGGGGAGCUACUACAAACUAAGAGAGAGACUGUUCACGGAAGACGACACACCACAUUGACCAAAGCAAUGCUACUGUUUGAACUGUUGGUGACAUAUCAACAACAAUCCACCUACCCACUGCCAACGGAUACCAACAAGAAAGGAGGGAGGGAGAGCACAAACGGGUAAUACCAGCGACCAUCUCAUCUCAAGACCUUCUGGCAUCACAAAAUGGCCGACAAUAACUUGAUCUGUCUGGGUGAAGCGGCAAUUGUGUAACCACUACAUGCCAAAUCAGUUGGCUUGCAAUCACACCACGUUGUAAAGUCCUUUCUGCCUAAGGGAGAGAGACUGUUCACGGAAGACGACACACCACAUUGACCAAAGCAAUGCUACUGUUUGAACUGUUAAUAGUGAUGUCAUUUUCUGACUCUCACUCUGACCAAUACUCACAACCUCCCAAUAUACUGUAAAUCACGUACACAUCAUGACAGUGACAUGUAUAAAGCCAAAUGGAUGUAAAUAUUGAACAUAGUUAGAGAUCGGCAGGUAGCCUAGUGGUUAGAAUGCUGGGCCAGUUACCGAAACGUCGCUGGUUCGAAUACCCGACCCAACAAGGUGAAAUAAAUCUGUCGAUGUGCCCUUGAGCAAGGCACUUAUUUGUAAGUUGCUCUGGAUAAGAGUGUCUGCUGAAAUGUAAGAUUAUUUUCUCAUCACAGAUGGAAACUUCUGUUGGUGACAUUUCUUUUUUGAAUGAGUUGUUUUGAUUUUAACGUAUUGUAUUGCACUGUGUUCUUUCCUACCCUUUAUUUUGAGUGGCCCACACGUUCUAUUGUUCUUCUGUGACCCCAGUUGACUGUAAAACCAUUUAUGGAGCAAAGGUCUAUUAUGUUACCUAUCCAAGAGAAGGAACUAAUGUAGUGAAGCUGCAAUUGUGUAACCACUCCAUGCCAAAUCAGUUGGCUUGCAAUCACACCCAAUGAUGUAUGUAAAUUCUGGAUUGCUGAUGCUAUGUAUUGGCUAUUGAGAGGCUUUGAAGUCACCGGUCGGCCAUAUUGGCACUCCCCAGUAAGAGCAGUCCUCUAACAAAUGGA